UGAAGAUGUUCGUUUAUAUAGCUAUUAUAGUGCUUAUUUGGUCCCUGUAUUUAUACGGUAUACAAGGAUUCGACUAUUGGAGAAAGAAAGGCGUCAAAUAUGACAAGCCACUGCCUUUUGUGGGCAGCACAUUGCGCUUGUUUCUCCAAAAACAAAGCUUGACUGAGUACUUAACAGAGUUGUAUAGAAGACACCCUGAAGAUAAAUUAGUCGGAUUUUAUUUUGCGAAUUCAAAAGUACUUGUAAUCCGAGACCCGGAAUUGUUAAAUAAUGUCUUAAUAACAGACUUUAAUAAGUUCUACCCGAGAGGAUUGAUCCCUCAUAAGACAGUGAGAGAGCCGAUGAUGAAGAAUCUUUUCUUCGCUGAUGGGGAUCUGUGGAAGCUGCUGCGGCAGAGGAUGACGCCCGCCUUCACGUCCGGCAAGCUGAAGGCGAUGUUCCCUCUGAUCGUGGAGAGGACCGAGCGGCUGCAGCGCUCCGCCGCCGCCAAGCUAGGUUCAGAAGUAGACGUGCGAGACCUCAUGGCGCGCUACACCACAGACUUCAUCGGCGCCUGCGGCUUCGGCUUAGACACCGACUCCAUCACCGAUGAAACGUCAACAUUCAGAAAGCUAGGCAAACGUAUCUUCACGUUCACAAUCAGAGAGGGUUUAAUGUUGUUUUUAAAGGAAGUGGCUACGGAAACGUUUAAAAAUUUCGAAUAUUUAGCUCCAGAAAUUGAAAGGAAUACAGUAGCUUUAGUCAAAAGUAUCAUGGAGCAGAGAAACUAUAAGCCUUCAGGGAGGAAUGACUUUAUUGACUUGCUUUUGGAGUUGAAGCAGAAGGGGAAGAUUGUGGGGGAGUCUGUAGAGAAGAGGAAUGCAGAUGGAACACCACAUAUAGUAGAGUUGGAGAUGGAUGAGCUGCUGAUGGCGGCGCAGGUGUUCGUGUUCUUCGCGGCCGGGUUCGAGACGUCUUCAUCAGCGACCAGCUACACGCUGCACCAGCUCGCCCUGCACCCUGACCAGCAGGCCAAGUGCCAGCAGGAGAUCGAUGAAGUACUCACCAGAUACGGCGGAAAACUUUGCUAUGAUGCCGUGAAAGAAAUGCAAUAUUUGCACAUGUGUUUCAAAGAAAGUAUGCGGCUGUUCCCUUCGCUGGGCUUUCUUGUAAGACAGUGCACGGAUAGUUACCAAUUUCCCGGCACAGAUGUCACUAUCGACGAAGGAGUAAACAUCGCCAUUCCGUUGCAAGCCAUCCAGACCGACCCAAAGUACUUUAAAGACCCUGAGAAGUUUAUACCGGAGAGGUUUGAUGCAAAAAAUCUUCAGGAGAUUCAGAAAAAUACGUAUCUGCCGUUCGGAGAUGGACCCAGAGCUUGUAUUGGUGAGCGACUCGGUCUGAUGCAGUCCCUGGCGGGGCUUGCGGCGAUGCUCCACAAGUUCACAGUGGCGCCAUCUAGGAACACGCGCGUGAAACCGCUCGUCGAUCCCGCCGCGCAUAUCGUACAGAGCGUCAAGGGUGGCAUACCUCUGGCUUUGAGUUUGAGAAGCUAA